CAAGCGGAAACAUACGAUUGCAUAACCGAGCUUCAAUAUGUGGAACAUUUAUUUACUGAGCAUAAUACCAUUGACAAUCUGGAGCGGAACUGUGGUUUCAGCAAUAACAUUGAGAUGCACUAGUGAAAAUGAUUACUACACCCGUAAUUGUACUUUUGAUGGCGUUCAAAUAGAAGAAGUUUUUGCCGAUGUAUCCUUCAGCACGGGAUAUCAUUAUAACACACCAAAUAAUUUCAAGUUCAUCAACUCAAAAAUGAUCGAGAUCCCCAAAAAGUUAUUCGAAGUAUACAGCUCAGUCCAGCAGCUAAGUGUAGUGGCAUGUGGCAUUGAGUCAGUCACAAGGUAUACAUUCGAAAGAGCGUCCCAGUUAUUAAUACUUAACAUGUCUUCAAACAAACUGAAUGAACUUCAGAAUUAUGUUUUUGCUGGUGCUAACCGAUUGACAGUGUUGGAUCUAAGCAAAAAUAACAUUUCAAAUAUUGAAGAGAAGGCAUUUUCAAACUUAGCCAUGCUGCAAUCACUCUUCAUGUCCAGUAACCGUUUAAAACACCUAAAGGAUAGCACAUUUGUUUCAUUAACUGGUAUCCGGAAACUUAGUUUGUCAAGGAAUGAAUUGGAAGUUCUGCAACCCGAUCUUUUCGCAGCUAACUCGUUAUUGUCUAUGCUUUUUAUACAAAACAAUCAGCUUGUUCUACUUGACAAAGACCUGUUUAAAAACGUGACAGGAAUGGAUUACUUGUGGCUAGCUAAUAACAGUUUAACAAGUUUAGAAUUUAACAAACUAAACGUGAAAAGACUCAAUGUAAUGAACAAUAAACUCAAACUGUUGAAGAUUAAUGCUGGAGUUGUAGAGCUGUAUGCUGGGAGCAACAACAUCACAAACAUUGACAUUGAAAACGCAAGCAGCCUGCAAUUAAGUACAUUAGAUUUAUCCUGGAAUAAACUGCACACUUUGGAUGCCCUCAAAAAUGUUUCAUCGCUAAAAUUUUUAGAUUUAUCGCACAAUUCAAUCGGACCGUUAAAUCUGACGACUUUUGCCAAAUUUACGGAGCUGCAGGAUCUCAACCUUGAGGACACCGGAAUUUCCAAUUUGCAACAUGGUACAUUUUCACAGCAGAGGUCUUUGAAACGGCUCGACAUUUCAUAUAAUAAUCUCAAUCGAAUCGAUUUAGAUAUUUUCACUUCCUCUCAUCAAAUGGAAGAAAUAUUCGUCGAAGGUAAUCGAUUGAAAGAUUUGAAUUACGAGGAAAUCAACAAAAUUUUCCCAGUGCUUAGCAAGAUCAGCAUCGCUGAUAAUAAUUGGAAUUGUUCAUAUCUAACAAAAAUGAUCCGAAGCAUGAACAGUCUGUCAAUUGUAGUAGGAGGAUUCAAAUCAGAGUCACUAACUGCUGAUCAAACGAAUGUCAAAGGAAUUUACUGUUCCGAUGAUAAGAAUCCGAUUAAAAGUUGGAAUGAAACUGCUAAGCAUCUUGACAAGUACUUAAAUGAUUCUACGCCGCUUGUAGUGGAUACCGGUGAAAUCAGAGAAAUUAUGCAAAACGCUAUCGAUGAUGUUAGCCAAUUUAAGGAGCAACGUUCAUUGCUGAUAAACAAAUCAGAACAAUUGGAGGGCGAGAUAUAUGAUCUUACCAAAAAACUCAUUGCACUAGAAAAUGACAUUUACGUUGUCAAAAAAUCAAUCCUAGAUGUAAAGAUGUCCCAGUUGGCAAAUGCAACAAACGAAACUGCGUUCGUAUCUAACGACUUAAGGAAAAUGAUGCAAGAGCUCAACGAUCUUACGUUGGCUAAGUUGAAGCACACCGAAGAAAAUUUUGAUUUUAAAAUCUACCAACAGUCUUUCAAGUAUGAUAAACUGAAAGAGUCCAUCGAAGAAAAUGCUGGAAAACUGCUCGUUUUGAAAAAACAAUUCAGCACGGAUGCAUCUUUCGGACACUACCCAUUGCAACAAGAACUAAAGACGUCUUCUGCAAGCGCUGCUUCGGGUUCUAGUCAAGUAAUAAUGAUUUUUGUUUUGAUCAUUUUAGUAGCUUUACUAGUGAUUGUCUUAGUAGCAGUCUAUCGCAAUCGUUUUGCAUUUGGUGCUCGCAGAAGCGCACGCUUCAGUACGUCCAGUACACUUGCUACAAUGGUAGACAACGAAAUAUAAAGGAUAUCGGAUUCAUGUUUUAUAAAAAAUCAAAAACAUUCAAUGGUUUGCCAUACUUUUUUCGUCAUUCUACGUCGAUAAUUACUGUUAUUAGGCUCGUAUUAUAGUCAGGAUUAAUUUCUUUAAUCACUACAUUUUAUAAGAAAUUUAUGUUUAUGUUUGUUAUAUAUAUCAUUUUCGCCCAAACAAAACUUACAACGAAUUCCACUUAUAACGGGACAGUUAUGACUCACAAUUACAAUAUUUAUAUAAAAGAAAAACAAUUUA